AUGCCUUACCUGGGACACAAACCCAGAACCCUCGCGCCGAACGCCGGCACGCACCCAACUGCACUCCGCGAGUCGGCACCGCCCGGGCCACGGCGAGUGCUCUCUGAUUGCAGGGGCGUGGUGACGUCACUGGCACUGCUGUUGGUGCCAGUGGCUGCUGUGAUCAGGAUGCCUCGCUCGCUCGUCUUCAUUGACGGCGGCACUUACAAGUUCCAGUACACACUUCCAGACAACAUCACAGAAUUCACCACAGUAUCUUCCAGGUCGUUAAGAAAUGCGCCAACUGUCUUCCAAACAAACAAUACUAACAUCAACAGUAAUACGACUGCUGCAGAGGGAGGUAUUAUCCACCGAGGAGUUAUCUACAGGUCUCUGGAGUCUGCGUUGAGCAGAAAGGGCGUGGACGGUCGCGCAUGCGUUCUGCGCAGCAUAUGCGAGGCAGCAGAGACGCCACUUCACCACGACGGGCUGAUUGGAGAGUUGCUGCACACUGUGCUGACACCUGACUACGGCUCCAGCAGUGUGGAACUCAUAGACGCAGACUACCUGAAGGCCCAGCAAGCAGGAAGGAGAGGCAGGGUGGACUGCAACUACCUGUACCCAGAGUGUCCGCGAGGGUUUGGUCUUCUGGAUCUAUUCACGUUCCAGCAAUACCUCUAGAGAACCGAUUACGCUUUCCGUGAUAUUCCUGUAUGGCAGGAUAACGAUAAAAGGUUGAAUUAAUUAUCUUGUAAUGAAAUCAGGACUGGAAUUUCUAAUAUUUUAUAAUAAUGAUUACAAGCAAGUGUUUAAAAUUUACCUUAAUAAGUAUAAAUGUAACGAGUGUCUAGCAAAUUUAACCAUUAAAACUUUUUCAAGUAUAAUAUACAUUUCUUGCUUUGUUUCCAAACUGUAAGUGCUUAUUAAAAACGUUACUGCAGUCAAUGAAGAUAUUUUCGGCAGGUCAGUAGCUGCUCCGAGCGCACAGCAGUUGUGGUCUGCGAACCCAUUCUGUUUCCUUCUAACGAGCGGGUCAUCGGAGACUACUUCAGUGAGCCCGCCUCUCCUAACCGGGCCGGUCUCAUGGCCUCUGGGUCGGGCGGACGAGAUGACUGCACUGAUGAUCGUCUUACACAGACACUACACCUCACUCGCCCAGCGAGUGACUUACUCGUUGCCUAUCCCUGUUCCCCAAACGGGCCGCUUUUUCCUUCACAAGCAGUUCCUAGGACGAAUCGUUUCCAUUACAUGGUUGCUUCGUCGUCCUUGAUCAUGCAGCUUCGGCGCAGCCUGUGGGGAACUACUGACUGGAUUCUGGACCGUCUGAAGAAGUUUCCCUAUUUAAACCGUCCCGCCAAUCUUCUAGAGAGUUUGACAUUGUUCUUCGCUAGUCUUGGUUUCAAAGACAUUCACGUGCUUCGUAUCUGCGCGUGGCUUGCGGUCAGGCGGGGAUCUCACGCACGUCAAAGGGCGCUACGCUGAUAGGCGGUCAGCGCAUGGCGGGCUCCGCGGACCGCGGCAGGUCCCAGGGCGACUGCAGCAGCGCGGACACCAGGGACAGCGGACAAGCGUCGGCCCACGGGCGGCAGUCCUCGUGCUCGUACGCCGACUGGUACUGCUGCUGGGGCUCCGGGGCUGAGUAGCUCCCCUGUGGAGGGAAC